CUUUCACAGAAUCUCGUGCUCCCAAAGGCAGGACCCGCAAACUGGCUUUCGUUCCUCGGUGUAGGAUUUGGCGCGGUCCUGAUCGGUAUGGGCUUUACCAAGAGCUGGGGUGCUAUGGCAGUCUGCCGAGCUCUUUUGGGAAUAUUGGAAGCAGGUUUUCUACCAGGCUGCACCUACCUUAUCACUUGCUGGUAUACGCGCUUUGAAGUGGGAAAAAGACUUUCCGCUUUCUGGAUCCUGUCUGUCCUUGCUAGCGGGUUUUCUGCAAUCUUUGCAUAUGUCCUGACUCUUCUCCGUGGAAAGAGUGGACUGAACGGCUGGAGCUGGAUCUUCAUCAUCGAAGGCGCAAUUACCAUGGUUGUGUGUGCUUUGGGCUGGUUCAUCAUCAUCGACUUCCCGACACAAGCCGGCAAGUUCCUGAAGCCAGCGGAGCAAGAGUUCAUCAUUGCCCGUAUCAACCAAGAUCGUGGCGACGCUGAGGAGGAUCACAUUAAUUUGGCCAAAAUUCUGCAUCACCUCAAAGACUGGAGACUGUACUUUUGGGCGUUCAAUCUCAUGGCUUCGACGCUUCCCGGAUACGCCUACUCCUACUUUCUCCCAAUCAUUCUUCGCAACGGUAUGGGCUUCAGCAGUACACAGGCUCAACUUCUUUCCGCGCCUCCCUAUGUCCUAGCAGCGGUUGUAGCCUACAUUUCCGGCUAUCUUGGAGACAAGUACAAGAUUCGAGGGCCCAUCAUUGCAGUCCAUCAAGCUUUGACUGCCGUCGGAAUGCUGAUCACCGUGUACGGCAAAGCUAAUGGUGCUCGCUACUUUGGAGCGUUCCUUGGCAUUGGGUUUCUUCAGUUUUGCGUCCCGGGCGUGCUGACCUUCCAAGCAAACAACAUUACUUCGCAUUCAAAACGUGCUGUCUCGAGCGCAACAUGUCUCAUUGGAGGCGGCCUCGGUGGCAUCAUCGCAAGCACAGCUUUCAUGUCAAAAGAAAGUCCUCACUACACUACCGGCAUCUGGACAACCUUCGCCAUCUCUAUGGUUAGCAUUGCGAUGAUCAUCAUCAUGGAUAUCUACUUGUGGCGCUGCAACAAGGCAGCAAAAGCAGGGCAUCGCAGGAAUGAGGGUUUGGAAGGCUGGCUGUAUACACUGUGA